CCUUAGUCCUGAGCCCUGAGUGUACGAGUACCUGACAGCUCGACUUCGCUUCAUAUUUUCUCAAAACGUCUCCGCGUAUUCAAUUGCCAUCGGGGUUUCUACAAUCCGUAACCUGACAUCCACUGCCCUUCUUCGCCAGAGACAAGAUCAGCCAGUAGACCAAAUAUACAUCACUACAUGUACUGUGCCACUACGCUUGGCGCGUUCUCAGGUCCCUUACACGUACCUUACACUACACAUUAUUCAAACAUCAAACAAGUCGCCGGCCCCUCGUGUCUUGUUGCCGUUUCUGCACUUCUCUCUUUACUCGCGCCGGCCGACCUUUACCUUUUUCACUCUCACAUCGCGACUCAGACCCGACUCACUUUCACCUUGGCCUGAUAAUUUUAUCAGCCCGAUAUUUGCCCCUGCCUUUCGCUCUCCUCCUCACUCACAUCUCACCCUAGAUACCUCUCCGCGAGGUACCGCAGCCCCCGGCCAGCCACCACCCAGGUGCCGUAUCCGCGCGCACUAUUCACUACGCCAUCAUCGUCGCCGUGCGGAUCCUUUCCCCAUUCCUAACCCCAUAACACUAAAACUCUCUUUCCCUCUGCCCAUACAGAUACGCCUGCUGCCUUUCAUUCACCUGAAGUAGCUUGGAGCCACCUCCCUUCGGAUUCGGAUGACCUCCUUCUCCUCCCCCAACUACUUGCCUUUUUCUUCUCUCCCCUUACCCUUCACCUCAUGUCCUCGUCCAUUCCUCUCGCAAACUUGUCGCCCUCGUCGAGGCCCUCGUACUACAAGAUGCCCGAAUCACCAGCGCCUUACUCCAGGCGCCGUCCGCAUCGCGGCCACUGGACUCCCUCGCUAAUUGGAUCAUACGUCUUCGACUGGCUUGUCCUCGCCGUUGUCGGCGGCAUUGCCACUGUAUUGGGCAUCGUCGAGCCGAACAAGCGUCCUUUUUCUGUCCUCGACCCCAAUAUCUCCUUCCCGUUCACCCACCACGAGACCGUGCCUAUGUGGCUAGCCGCCAUCAUUGCUGUCGCUGGCCCCAUCAUCGUCAUCGCUGCCGUGUGCCUCAUCCUCGUCCCCGGAAAUACUGUUCCUAAGGGAACCCCCAAGUCUCUCAUCUGGAAACGGAAGCUGUGGGAAUUACACGUUGGAUAUCUCGGUCUUGCUCUCGCUCAUGUUGGCGCCUUCUUCAUCACCAACGGCAUGAAGAACAUGUUCGGUAAACCACGACCCGAUCUUCUUUCUCGAUGCCAGCCCGACCUGGCCAACAUACAGAAGUACAUCGUUGGUGGCACAUCCGCCAACAUUACCGGCUUAACAGGUGCGGCAGGCUUUGGCCAGCUUGUGUCUGCAGCCAUUUGCACAAAUACCGAUUCGCACACGCUCAACGACGGCUUCCGCAGCUACCCGUCUGGUCACUCGAGCUCCGCCGCCGCCGGUCUGAUCUACCUGUCUCUGUUCCUCGCCAGCAAGUUCGCCGUUACCCUACCGUUCGUGGCUUCAGACAAUGGUGCCGAUUCCCACUCGGCUUUCCCAUCUCGCAUCAAGAAGGCUGGAUCCGGUUAUGAGGAGGUCGGACUCGGCGAAAGCGGAUCGCUCAACCCCGAUUCCGCCACUGCAGCCAGGAACUUGGCUGAGCAUAACAAGGUCGUCACGGCUGUCCGUCGACAAGCUGCCGCCCCUCCGAUCUAUCUCCUGACCAUCGUCGUCAUACCUUGGUUCGCUUCCAUCUUUAUUGCUGGCUCCCGCUGGUUUGACUUCCGCCAUCACGGUUUUGACAUUCUUUUCGGCUACAUGAUUGGCAUUUUUACAUCCAUCUUCGCCUUCCGCUACUACCACCUUCCGAUCACUCAGGGUGCUGGCUGGGCCUGGGGUCCUCGCAGCCACGAUAAAGCUUGGUGGUCUGGCGUUGGCUCGUACAGUUACGCGACUGACAAAGGAGACUUUAUUCGGCCUGGCGAUGAGGAAGAGGCAUAUGUGUCGAGACCAGUCAUUGGUCAAGCAACAUCAACGCAGUACAUGGGCAAGCAAAGCUCUCAUGAUGAGCCUGAGGCUGAAAAUCGGUUCUGAUUACGAUAGAUUGGGUGCGGCAUGCUAUAGCAUCCAUCGCAUUUCCACACUGGGCAUAUUGGGGCAUGAACGGAGUUUACGGUAUACCACCCGCCUGAAAAAGGAACUGGCGGGGACCUAGGGCAUUUGUUUCUUAAGGGGGCCAGGCAUGGCAUGCAGAUAUGACCGUUACGGAAUAGAUUUGUGACUGA